AUGCGUGCGGUGCUGACCGCGGUUUUGCUAUGCGCGGUCGUGGGCGGCGCGGUGUGCAACAUGCAGCCGGUGGCCGUGACCAACGCCGCGGCCGCGCCGGCCGGCCGGUGUGAGGAGAUCACGAUCCCGAUGUGCCGCGGCAUCGGGUACAACAUGACGUCGAUGCCCAAUCAGCUGAACCACGAGUCCCAAGAGGAAGCCGGCAUGGAAGUACACCAGUUCUGGCCGCUGGUCGAGAUCAACUGUUCGGCCGACCUCAAGUUUUUCCUGUGCUCGGUGUACACGCCCAUAUGCAUCGAGGAGUACCAGCAGCCGUUGCAGGCGUGCCGGAGCGUGUGCGAACGGGCCCGGGACGGGUGUCUGCCGGUGAUGCAGCGGUACGGGUUCGUGUGGCCGGAAAAGAUGCAGUGCGACAAGUUGCCCGUGAACGGCGGCCCGGAACUGUGCAUGGCCCAGGACGUGUACGAACAGCAGCAGGGACCGGCCGCGAAACCGACCAAGAAGCCGCCCGGCGGGACGCCGGGCAAGUGCAAGCCCGGCAGCAGGGCCAAGGGCUGUGAGAAGUACGCGUUCGACGGCGACGACUGCGAGUGCAAGUGCCGGCCGCCGUUGGUGGCCGUCGAGAAAGACUCGGUCCGGUACAACCGGAGCGGCGUGUCCGUGGCCGGCGUAGACAACUGCGCCAUGCCGUGCCGGGGAGUGUUGUUCAACGACGAAGAGAGAGACUUCGCGUCCACUUGGAUCGCCCUGUGGUCGAGCAUAUGUUGCGUGACCACGCUGAUGACGUUGACCACGUACACCAUAGACACGCAGCGGUUCAAAUAUCCGGAAAAACCCAUUGUGUUCCUGUCGGGCUGCUACCUGAUGGUCAGCCUGGGGUACCUGAUUCGCGUGUACGCCGGCCACGACGCCGUCGCCUGCGAGCUCGACGGGUCCGUCAAGUACAACGCUUCGGGGCCCACGCCGUGCACACUGGUGUUCUUGCUGCUGUACUUCUUCGGCAUGGCCUCGUCCAUAUGGUGGGUCAUAUUGGCGUUCACGUGGUUCCUGGCGGCCGGGCUCAAGUGGGGCAACGAGGCGAUCGCUUCGUACUCGCAGUACUUCCACCUGGCCGCGUGGCUCAUACCCACCGUCAAGUCGCUGGGCGUGCUAGUCAUGUCGGCCGUGGACGGCGACACGUUCGCCGGCGUCUGCUACGUGGGCAACCAGAACCCGGACAACCUGAAGAUGUUCGUGCUGGCCCCGCUCAUCGUCUACUUGGUCCUGGGCGUGUCGUUUCUGUUGGGCGGAUUCGUGUCGCUGUUCCGCAUCCGGAACGUCAUCAAACAGCAGGUGGGCCGCAGCAAGGCGGACAAACUGGAAAAGCUGAUGAUCCGCAUCGGUGUGUUCAGCGUGAUGUACACCGUGCCCGCGUCCGUGGUCAUCGGCUGUUACUACUACGAGGCCAGGUACAUGCCCGACCGGAUCGCGCACUCUGCGUGCCCGUGCGCCGACCCGGACCGGGACACCAAGCCGGUGUACACCAUGCUGAUGCUCAAGUACUUCAUGACCCUGGUGAUGGGCGUCACGUCGGGCGUGUGGAUAUGGUCCGGCAAGACGAUCGGCUCGUGGAAGAGACUGUCCCGGCGGCUGUUCGGCGGCGGCGGCGGCGGCCGUACGUCCAAGGGCGGGCCCAACCCGAUACUGAUCAACCCGGGCAAGCAGCGGAAACAAUUGCAAUACAUGCCGGCGCCGUCCGUGCCGGGCAGCACGCUGCCGUCGUCCCAUCACCUCGCCCCGUCGUCCAGCCUGCACCACCACAUCAUCAAACAGGCGCCGCUCAGCCACGUAUGA